AUCGAAAAUCAGAAAAAAGCAAAACGAGCUGAUUUACAAGGUAUUCGAGGUUUGGCCAUUUUAGCAGUUCUUGGUUUUCAUUUUUAUCCCAAACAGUUUCCAAAUGGAUAUCUAGGAGUCGAUCAAUUCUUUGUCCUUUCGGGUUUUCUAAUGUGUAUGCUUCUCACGAAAUCUCAAAAACUAACCACAUUCUCAUUUUUCACUCAAUUCUACCUUCGCCGUUUCAAACGAAUACUACCCUUAUAUUUUCUGAUAAUUAUGUGCGCGGUCUUUGCUCUCUACACAUUUUUUCCGAUAUCUGCAAUAUUCCAAAAUCAAAUAUCUGCAGGAAAAGCAUUGAUAUUCGUAUCUAACAGACCACAUACGGAAGAUGAGGAUUAUUUUGAGAAACUUUCAAUGGCAAUGGAUUUAUUCACCCACACCUGGUCUCUAUCUGUCGAGAUUCAAUUCUAUUUUAUUGUUCCAUUUAUUUUCUUAAUUGGUUUACAACUCAAAGGAACAUACAGACACGUUUAUUAUUCACUCAUAGCAAUUCUUUCAUUCAUCUUCCACAUCUCAUCUCCACAAUCAGUCUCAUUUAACAGUGUUUUUGCAAGAAUAUGGCAGUUUUUAAUUGGGAUGAUGGCAUAUUUUGCAUCGGAUCGGCAGAGCAUAUUAGUAGAAAAUAUGGAGAGUGUUGAAGCAAAAGAAAUUGUUAUUAUCGAUAACCGGAAAGAUAAUAAAUUUCUCUAUGAGGCGUUGGAGAAUGAAUCUAAACAAUUAUUGGAGGAUAUCGAAGUUUUGAGAAGACCUGAAGGAUCGAAAAUACCUAUUUUUGUAAAGUAUACAGUUCUAAUUAUAUCAAUUUUGAUUAUGCUGAUUCCGAAAGAAAUUACUCCACUUCCAGCUAGAUUAUUAAUCACUAUUUUCACUGGCUUCCUGAUUGUACUAGAUGUGGAAGACGUGGUUUUAAACUCUCGAUUUCUAAUCUUCUUUGGUGACAUAUCCUAUGCUCUCUAUCUGAUUCAUUAUCCAAUUUAUGCUUAUAUCGAGCUGACUUAUCCGGAAAUCAUGUGGGUUGUUCCAGCAUCACUUACCGCAUCGAUUCUUCUGGCAAUCCUUGUGAACAAGACUUACGAGAGAUGGUACUUGAAGCAAUCAAACACAAUUAUCAGCAUUUUAACUGUAUGCUUGUUUGUGUUCAAUGCCAUAUAUAUAAACAAAGAUGAAAUUCAAUUAUGGAAUCCAAAUAUGACAUUUGGUAUGUCAAAUUCAAAAAACAAAAGUAUUCAAAACGACGUUUCAGACGACGCUGAACGUCUGAAUGCCUACUGGAACUAUCGUGAUAAUAGGACUCCAGAAUUACAAGAAAUCGGAGGUUACAAGAGAAAAUCCAGACUUGGAUGUGAUUUUGAAGAGAAUCGGCAUGGAUUCAAAAUAGCGAUAUUGGGGAACAGCUACGCCACGACGCAUCAUAAAAUGAUUAUUCAAGAGUGUAGGCAUCGGGCAAGUACUAUUUCAAUGGCUGAUGUUGUAGGUGGAAAACCUGUUGAUAAUGGAAUGCACUCGACAGAUUGGUCAAAGCAGUGUGCUGGUCGGUUGGAACAAUUCGUGGAGUUUAUCAAUGAGACGCAGCCGGAUUAUGCGUUUAUGAUUACCAGAUGGUUCGCUGUAGCAGAACCUUAUGACAACGGACCGGAAAACUUGAAUAAUGACACAAUCUACUUGGAAAUGAAAAGCCAAUUGAAGAAAAUGCUUUCGAAUAUCAAAAAGAAGCUUUUCAUUUUGGAUUCGUUCCCAAGAGUUAGGUGGCAAGGAAUCGAAAGAAUUGCCAAGGAAAUGAAGGAAGGAAAAAAGACAAUGGAAGAAAUUAAUGUGUCGUUGUACGAACCAAAACAAUUCGAGUUUGGACGUCAUCGUCAUGCUGAAUUGGUGAAGAAUGAAUGUGGAUCAAAGUGUGAAUUGAUUGACUAUAUGGACGCGUUUUGGAACAAAACAAUGAAUGCGUUCCAAUACUUUGAUUCAAAAGGAUUCUCGUAUUUCACAACUACUAUUCACAUGUCUGCUCAUGGAAUUGAACAUGUUCGACCCAUUUAUACAAAGAUUUGUGCCCGGUUAUAA